CUCAUGUAUAUAAACUCGGGGAUUUCUUCCUCAAUCCCCAUCGAAUCAAGCAUUCGUUCUUCACUUGUCUACUCGACAACUGAGCCCCUCAACGCUAAACAAGCCUUACUUCAAAAGCUACUACCUUUCUGAAUAAAGGCAAGUGUUCUUGCCAUUGCUCUUCGUUUCUCCCGUUCCUCUGCGCAAUAGACGCUUCGUUCGAUCAUGGGGUGGAAGCCAAGCGCAAGUCUGUGCUUCCUCACCGAUCCUAUUAUUACCUGGCGAAAGCACUGUUUCGCAAUAUCAUCAUGCGUAGGGUAUCGACCAGAUGCAAGCUGCGUCUGCGGAAAGCCAUGCAGAAAUCUGAGGGAUCGAUGGGUUGUGGGCCUGUCAGGUAUUGGCAUGGUGUAUGCUACAAUUGGAACUUCACCAGAUGGACAAUCCACAGGACGCUCUCAGGCAAUUCGCCGAACGUGCAUCUCGAUAUUCCUUUGACCUGAAUGGAAAGGUCCGUAAAGAAGAUAAUUUCGUUGCUCUACGUGGAGGGCACGCUACAGUGUAUUCAGGCAUUCUGCAACCGGAUGGAUCAAGGGUAGCUAUAAAGAUGGCACGCGGGUGUCUUCCUGGCGACGAGUCUACGAUUAAGCGUGUCCUCAAAGAAGUACAUCUAUGGUCCAAACUCCGUCAUGAAAACAUUGUUCCGGUGUUAGGCAUCACCACUGAAUUUGAACUAACGGUGUCCAUUGUGUCUCCCUGGAUGGAGAAGAGAGAUGCACGUAAACACGUGCAAGAUACGAGUAUCGAUCCUCGUCCUUUGAUGAUAGACAUUGCACGAGGACUACAGUACUUGCAUACCCGUGAGGAAGGCGCGGUGUUCCAUGGCAAUUUGAAAGGCGCCAACGUUUUAAUUUCUGAUGGUGGCCAAGUCCUUCUUGCCGACUUCGGCUUUUCCCACCUUGUCGAUUCUUCAUUCAGCAUGGCCGUCUCUGGCAAAGGUGGAUUUACCAUGCAGUGGACAGCUCCCGAGAUUUUUCUUGGUGAGCAGGAAGCAUCUGCAAAAGCUGAUAUUUGGUCUUUUGGGAUGACACUCCUGGAGCUGCUUAUGCGUAAAGACCCCUUCCAUGGAAUCAAACGGAAUGGCAUCAUAGGUAAAAUGUACCGAAAUGAGAUACCAGAUCGCCCGAGGGAUGAAGAAACUUUUUCGCGACUGACAGACGGGUGGUGGGAUAUUUGCCUCAGGUGCUGGAAUUUUGACCCCUCAUUGCGCCCAACGAUUGCACAUGUUUUACAAGUCAUGACGAACUUACAAUAAUAAGAAACUCUUAUGCCCGCUGCAAUGGAGCUAGCAACUCCAAUGGUCUUACACAGGUACAAUAGUUUUCCCAUAUAUACUAAUACGAAAGGCCCUCUGGGUGCUCCUGGACAAUACAAGUAACAACGCUAGGGACUUUUUCCAUGGCAGGUGACAUGUACAUGUUGAG